AUGUCUGUGAUCGGUAUUGAUUUUGGUGCUCAAAGCACCAAGGUUGGUGUGGCCCGCAACAAGGGUAUCGAUAUCAUUACAAAUGAAGUCUCCAACAGAUCUACACCGACCCUCGUGGGAUUCGGCCCUAAGAGCAGAUACCUGGGCGAAACUGCCAAGACCCAAGAAGUCUCCAACCUUAAGAACACCGUCAGCAAUCUCAAACGCCUCAUCGGCCGCAGCUUGAACGACCCCGAUGUGCAGAUUGAGAAGGAAUAUAGCACCGCCACUUUCUGCGAUGUGGAGGGACAAGUUGGUGUUGAGGCUACUUACCUGGGGAAGAAGGACAAGUUCAGCGCUACCCAGCUCGUUGCCAUGUACCUCAACAAGAUUAAGCACACAGCCGAAAGGGAAAUCAAGUUGGCCGUUUCGGAUGUCGUCAUUAGUGUCCCCGCAUGGUUUACCGACGUCCAACGACGGGCAAUGCUUGACGCUGCCGACAUCGCCGGUCUCAAGGCUCUCCGACUGAUCAAUGACACCACAGCCAUCGCUCUCGGUUAUGGUAUCACGAAGCUGGACCUCCCCGGUCCCGAGGAGAAGCCCCGUCGCGUGGCUUUCGUUGAUAUUGGUCACAGUAACUACACUGUCUCCAUUGUGGAAUUCCGCAAGGGAGAGCUUAAUGUCAAAGCCACCGCGUGGGAUCGUCACUUCGGUGGCCGCAACUUCGACAAGGCGCUUACCGACCACUUUGCCGAUGAAUUCAAGGAGAAAUUCAAGAUCGACAUUCGCUCGAACCCGAAGGCUUGGGCCCGCACAUUGACUGCCGCAGAGAAAUUAAAGAAGGUUCUCUCUGCCAAUGCUCAGGCUCCCCUGAGCAUCGAGUCGUUGAUGGACGACAUUGAUGUUCGUGCUAUGGUCAAGCGUGAGGAGAUGCAGGAGAUGGUCCAACCUCUCUUGAACAGACUUGCCGUUCCUUUGGAGCAGGCGCUCGCCGAAGCUAAGCUGAAGCCAGAAGAUAUUGACCACAUCGAGAUGGUGGGUGGUUGUACUCGUGUUCCUAUCAUCAAGGAGACCGUCAGCAACUUUUUCGGCAAGCCCCUUUCUUUCACCCUUAACCAAGACGAGGCCAUUGCUCGUGGUUGCACAUUUAGCUGCGCCAUAUUGUCCCCCGUCUUCCGCGUGCGUGACUUCUCCGUCCACGACAUUGUCAACUAUCCAAUUGAAUUCACUUGGGAGCAGUCGCCAGAGAUUCCAGAUGAGGACACCAGUCUGACGGUCUUCAACAAGGGCAAUGUGCUGCCUUCUACUAAGAUCCUUACAUUCUAUCGACGACAGCCUUUUGAUUUGGAGGCUCGCUAUGCCAAGCCAGACACCCUCCCUGGGAAGGUCAACCCUUGGAUUGGCCGUUUCUCUGUCAAGGGUGUUCAAGCUCAGGACAACAAUGACUUCAUGAUUUGCAAGCUCAAGGCGCGUCUUAACUUGCACGGUAUACUCAACGUCGAGUCUGGAUACUAUGUUGAGGAUGUCGAGGUUGAGGAGCCUAUUGAAGAGCCUAAGGAGGGUGAGAAGAAGGACGGUGAUGCUAUGGAUACCGAUGCAGCCAACGACGGUGAAAAGAAGACUCGCAAGGUGAAGAAGCAAGUCCGCAAGGGUGAACUUCCUAUCACCGCCGGCACUCCCAGCCUGGAAGAGGUUACCAAGAAUGCCUGGACCGAGAAGGAGAAUGCUAUGGCAAUGGAGGACAAGCUUGUUGCCGACACUGAUGAGAAGAAGAACGAGCUCGAGUCCUACAUCUACGAGCUUCGUGACAAGAUCGAGACCACCUACUCGGAGUUCGCCAGCGAGGAAGAGAAGGAUAAGUUGCGCUCGAAAUUGACCGACUCUGAGGAUUGGCUUUACGAGGAUGGCGAAGACACCACCAAAGCCAUCUACGUUGCCAAGAUGGACGAGAUCCGCUUCAUUGCUGGACCUAUUAUUCAGCGAUACAUGGACAAGAUCGAGAACGAGCGCCUGACUGUGUUGAAGGCUAAGGAGGAAGAGGCAGCCAAGAAGCGCGAGGAACAAGAGGCCAAGCGAAAGGCUGAAGAGGAGGCUAAGAAGGCCGCUGAGGGACAGAAGACUGAGGCACCAGAUACCGAGAUGAAGGAUGCCCCAGCUGCCGAGGGCGAGGCCAAGGCCGACGUCGAAUAA